AAAAAUAAUUAAGCACUUUCCGUUGAACGGAUCCUUUCCUAUUCCUUUCCUUUUUCUUUUUCAUAAUAAUAAUAUUAUUAAUAUCUCCGUAUUUUCAGUGCGUACUGAUCAAAUGUCUGCUGCUUUGUGCCCCAGAACCAAUUAGCUAGUUCAUAGUGGCAGCUUAAAAUUUUGAAAUGUUGAGGGAAGAAGAGAAAGAUCAAGCAGUAGGUUGGAAGACGUACUCGAGGUCUGUCUCGUGGACCGAACGCCCACCACGGAAAUCGAAUUCCAACCCACAAUGGAACAGCAAGGCAAGGGCAUGUUUGCCGCCACUUCAGCCACUUUCCAUCACUCGUCCGAGCAUCGAGGAAUGGCCGAAAGCUGGCUCGGAUGAUCUCGGAGUAUGGCCUAAUCCUCCGACACCUGGCGCAAGGCCUCGUUCUCUAACGCCCCGCGAAAACUCGACCGGAGAGCAGCAUCAUCCGAGAGAAUUCGAAUUCCGAAGAGACAAAAUCGCCUUCUUUGAUAUGGAAUGCUCUAGAGUUUUGGAUCAUAUAUAUUUAGGAAGCGAUGCAAUUGCUAAGAACCGUGAAAUCCUCCGUCAGAAUGGGAUAACCCACGUGCUCAACUGUGUUGGGUUCGUUUGCCCGGAGUAUUUCAAGAACGAGCUUGUGUACAAGACGCUCUGGCUGCAGGACUGCCCCUCUCAGGAUAUUACAAGUAUCCUCUACGAUGUUUUUGAUUAUUUCGAGGAUGUUCGUGAACAAGGUGGCCGUGUCCUUGUCCACUGUUGUCAUGGGGUGUCUCGGUCAACCUCGUUGGUCAUUGCGUAUCUUAUGUGGAAAGAGGGUCGGAGCUUCGAUGAUGCUUUCCAGCACGUCAAAACAGCUAGAGGGGUGGCUAAUCCGAACGUUGGAUUUGCUUGCCAGCUGUUGCAAUGUCAGAAGCGCGUGCAUGCUCUCCCUGCAAGUCCAUCUUCUGUGAUUAGAAUGUACCGAGUGGCACCUCACUCGCCGUACGACCCUCUUCAUCUCGUUCCGAAAAUGCUGUCCGAACCAGGUGCAGAUAAGCUUGACUCGCGUGGGGCGUUCAUUGUCCACAUUCCCUCUGCUAUGUAUGUCUGGAUUGGGACAUGUUGCUCCUCGGUGAUGUCUGAAAAUGCCAAAGCAGCUGCUUCCCAAGUUGUUCGUUAUGAAAGUGCUCAAUGUCCGGUUGUAACCGUCGAAGAAGGCGAAGAGACAUCUGAAUUCUGGGAUGCUUUCAGCUACAUAAAAGGUUCAGACAAUGGCUGUCAUGUAAAGUCCAAGGAGGAAAAGAGUUUCUGCGCAGGGUCUACAAGUCAAAGGAAACUCGAUGAGUACGAUUUAGAUUUCGAAAUCUUUCACAAAGCGCUUGCUUUUGGAGUUGUACCGCCUUUUCCAUUAUCUGAAGCAGGAUCCGAGACAUGCCUUCCUGCUAGGGAGAAUGGUUGGAAUAGAUUGAGGAGAAAGUUUGUAAAGGGUAUUGUUAAAGAACUUAAUCUUAAAAAAGUUGAAGACACUGUCUCUCUUGAUAAUGUCUCGUUGCAGUCAAGUACUCAAUGUGAUUCACCGGAUUCAUUUGCUUCUUACGUGACAAGCAGCCCAAGUUCGAAGAAAAACGAUUUAAAAUCACCGUCGUUCGAUUUGGUGGAUUCUUUUUCCACCUUUUUCGUUAGUAAACCGAAAUCCGAUUUAACAUCUCCAUCGGUCUCGCCUUCAACAUCCGAUUAUUCGAGCUCGUUUACGUUUUCUCCAUCAUCGUCGAACUGGUCCGACUCAUCAUUCGUGUCUGCUCAGUCAUCACCUCAGAGUCUUGAAUCGGGAGAUUCUGAUCCUGCUAAGAGUGGUCCUUUAGAGGAAAGUGCUGUUCCUAUAGAGGAUGAAAAAACACGUUUAUCAGAAGAGACAAUUACUAUUUUGCCCUCCAUUGAUGAAGAAUCUCGAACUUCUUCACAAAACUCGAGUAUGUACUUGGAAGAUGAUGAACAUGAUUCAGAUGCAAAUGGCCACGAGGCUGAUGCUGACGUUUUAAGUAGAUUGUGCGAUGAAAAAAAGUACGAAAAAAUUGAUCUUACAGCAGAUGACAUGACUAACAAAAUAGCGGGAGAAAAAAACAUAGUAUUUUACGAGUGGCCUUCUAUGCUGAAAAUGGAUAUGAAUUCUAGCAUUCUUGAUUCUAGAUCAGUUUAUAUUAUAGUUAUACCCGAAGUAAGUUUCGGCACAAAGAAAGUUGAUGCGUUAUAUGUAUGGAUAGGGCGAAACGUGUCAUUGGAAGGAAGUGAUAGGCAGUUGAUCAAGAAUGAUAGCAAACAUGAAGAUAUUCGUGGCCGUUUGGAGGCACUUGGCCUUCAUCUUCUCGUUGAGAAGGGUUUCAGCAAAGAUGCUCGUAUUAAGAUAGUGGAGGAAGGGGAGGAACCGGAGCAGCUAGUGGAGUAUUUGGCAUGCUUAUCAAUAGGCAAAGAUUCAGACAAAGGUGGUGGUAUAUAGGUAGACAGAAGAAAAUGAAAUUUAAUGAUUUUUCAUAUGGGGUUUGGUUUGCAGCUCUCUAUAAAUCUAAUGAGUAAUGAGUUGCUGCUGCUCUCUAUUCUUCUAUUUGGCAAUCCCAAAGCAGGGCAUUUUUCAUGUUUCUGUGCUUGUGAGAUGUAAGGACAAAAAUCUCAUUUUUAAUCAUAAAGGAGGAAUUUUUAGAUUCUGUUUAUGUUUAAUUGAAGAAUUUUCUGGUAA